AUGUGGCGUGGUUACUCACCUCAUAUAUUUUUAAUUUCUUUAUUAUUUAUAAAUAAUAUAACAUCACAGUUGAAUAAUGAGACAACAAAAGAUUCUUUUAAUGGUAUGAUUUCAACAGUUCAGUGGGAAGAACCUAAAACAACUAAAAAUAAUACUAUUGAUAGUAGUACUACAACUUUGAAACAUGAAGAUCCUGUUGAUUUGACAAGUACCACAAUAAUGCCUUUACUAGACAUCUCAAAUCCAUUUUCAUCUAAAAUUCCUAAAAAAGAGGAAGAAACUAAACAUUAUAAGGGUUCAUACUUAAUAAUUGCCCCUAGAGUUGUUAGACCAUCCUUACCAUAUGCAGCAUCAGUAAAUAUUCUUAAGUCUGAUUUUACUGAUUAUAUUGUUCGCCUUGAAAUACGUACCCGUGAUAAUAAUGAAACAAUUGCUGCUAAGGUUGUUACAAAUAUAACACCAGGAAAAGCAUUAACAGUAACAAUUGAUGAGGUACCUGGAGAUGUUUUGAUAGCAGGACAAUCAUAUAAAGUUUACAUUAGAGGUGAAACUUUAAAUGGUCUUUUAAUGUUUGAAGAUGAAAAAGAUAUUCAUUAUAAUUCAAAGUCUCUCUCAAUAUUUGUUCAAACAGAUAAGGCUAUAUAUAAACCUGAGUCAGUUGUUAGUUUCAGAGUUGUAGUUGUAAAUCCUGAACUUAAACCUGUCAAAGAAUCAGAAAGUAUCUCAGUAAAAAUUGUUGAUCCAAAUAAAAAUGUUAUUCAACAAUGGAUUGAACAAACCCUAAAAAAAGGUGUUUUUUCAUCGAAAUUUUCUCUCUCUAAACAACCACCAUUAGGAGAUUGGACAAUAGAGGUUCAGACAAAAUCUGGUGUCAAAUUUGAAAAAACAUUUACCGUUGAUAAAUAUGUAUUACCUAAAUUUGAUGUUUCUGUUAAAACACCAAGUUUUAUAACUGUUAAUGAAGAUUUAUCUGUUCUUAUAGAUGCAAAGUAUACUUAUGGUAAAGGUGUUGGAGGAAAAGCUAAAGUUAUUCUUGAAUUACCAUGGCAUAGAUGGAAUUUAGGUCCAAGACCAGUUGUUAUUAGUGAAGAUGGUUCACAGACAGCCAACUCUUUUGAAUCACGUAUAGAAAGAAUUGUUACAUUAAAUUCUCUUGGUGAGGCUACCGUUAAAUUUACUAAUGAUGAAUUAAAAAAACAUAAAUUAAUAACUAUUUAUGGUGGUAGUACUGUUAGAAUAUUAGCAACUGUUACAGAAGAUUUAACUGAUGUUCAAAGAAAUGGUUCAGCACAAAUUAUUGCAUAUAGGCAUGAUGUAAAAUUAGAAGUAGAAAAACAGGGUGAUACUUUUAAACCAGGUUUAAAUUAUAAUGUUAUUGUAACAUUAAAAAAUAUGGAUAAUACUCCUGUUAAAUCAACAGUACCAAAAAGAGUUAAAGUAACAACAUUUUAUAAUUUCCCUUAUGAUGAAACAAUAAAUGAGGUAAAACAAUUAAAUGAAAGUAAAAUAGUUGAGUUAGAUGGUCAUGGAACUUCUGUUUUAACAUUAAAACCACCAAUAAAUUGUACAUCAGCUCGUGUUGAGGCACAUUAUGAUAGAGAAGGAAAAGAUAACUUUACAAAUGCUCUUAUUUACACAUCAUUAUAUGUUGAAGCUGGUAAAUCACCAUCAGGAAACUUUUUACAAUUAACAGCUGAUAAUGAAGGAACAGUUGAUGUUGGUAAACCAUUAUCAUUUAGUAUCAAAUCAACAGAACCAUUAAAAUCAUUAACUUAUCAAGUUAUUUCAAGAGGAUAUGUUGUUUUGAGUAAUGAAAUUCCUGUAUCUGGUUUACAUGCUGCUAUAACAUUUACAGCAACUAAUCAAAUGGCACCAAAAUCACGAUUAUUAAUAUAUUCUGUUCGUGAUGGAAAUAAAGAAAUUAUGGUUGAUGCAUUAGAUUUUAAAGUUGAUGGUUUAUUUCAAAAUGAAGUUUCAUUAUCAAUUGAUAAAACAUCAGUUGAACCAGGAGAAGAUCUUAAAUUUACUGUUAAAGCAGCACCAGAUUCAUAUAUUGGUUUGUUGGCUGUUGAUCAAUCUGUCUUAUUACUUAAAAGUGGUAAUGAUAUAACAAAAGAUAUCAUUGAACAGGAUGUUGAACAGUAUGAUACAAUGGAUCAACCAGGUGAUUAUAGACCAUUUGAAUUAUUUAAAAGAAAAAAACGUAGUAUAUGGUAUCCAUUUUGGGGUAUUGGUGGUAAAGAUGCAGGUAGUAUAUUUGAAAAUGCUGGUUUAGUUGUUAUGACAGAUGCUUUAUUAUUUAAAGAUGAACCUGAAAAUUACAAACAUUAUUUUAAAAGUAUGGGUAGGACAGUAAUGAGAAGACUAGGAAAAAAUAAUGUUAAAAAUAUUAUCUUACCUAAUUUAAUUCAAGAGGAGGUUGUAUUUGGUAUGGAUCAAGCACCAUUAGGAAAAGGUAUUGAGUCUGUUAAUAAUAUUAAAAUUAGAAAAGAAUUUCCUGAAUCAUGGGUUUGGUCUGAGAAUCUUUAUACGAAAGGAGGAGCUAUUGCUGAACGAGGACCACCAAUGAUGAUGAUGAAUGUAGCAUCUGUGGAUUAUGAUAAAUCUGACUCUGUUCCACAACCACUAAAUAUUAAAAUUAGGAGUGAAUUUCCAGAAACAUGGGUAUGGCAAGAUUUUGAUAGUGACAAUGGAACAGUAACAUUUGAAACAAAAGUUCCUGAUACUAUAACAUCAUGGGUCUCUUCUGCAUUUGCUAUAAAUGAAAAUCUUGGACUUGGUAUUUCACCAUCAAAUCCUAAACUUAAAGUUUUCCGUCCAUUCUUUGUAAGAUUAAAUUUACCUUACUCAAUUAAAAGAGGUGAACAAUUUGCUUUACAAGUUCUUGUCUUUAAUUACAUGGAAAAUGAACAAGAUGUUGAAGUUACAUUAAAACAAAGAGAAAAUAGUGGAUUUGAAUUUGUUUCAGAAGAUUUAACAUCUAUCAAUAAAAAUGAAUCACCAUACAUAAAUAAAAGAAUUAUUUCUGUUCCUGGUGGUGGAAUAUCAAAAGCUGUCUAUUUUCCAAUAGUUUUUAAUGAAGUUGGAGAUAUAAUGUUGAAUGUAUUAGCUCAAUCACAAAAUGCCGGUGAUGCAGUAGAAAUGCCAAUUAAAGUUGAACCUGAAGGUUACAGAGUUGAUAGAAAUGUUCCCUUAGUUAUGGAACUUAAUAAUAAUGAUGAUAGGGAAAAUGUCCAUCAUAGUGAUACAGAAAAUAACAAUACAGAUGAAGAAAAAAUUCAAAAUGAUAAUAGUACUAAAAAUUAUAAAUAUACAAAAACUAUUAAUAUGAUUUUCCCAUCUGACUCAGUUCCUGGAUCUAAAUUUGCCAAAAUUGAUGUUAUUGGAGAUAUUAUGGGACCAAUUCUUUCACAACUUGAUUCUCUUGUUCGUAUGCCAUCAGGAUGUGGUGAACAAAAUAUGUUAAAUUUUGUCCCAAAUAUUGUUGUUAUGAAAUAUUUAGCAGCUACCCAUAAAAAUAUUCCCUCAUUAGCCAAGAAAGCUAUCUCUUUUAUGGAGGCUGGUUAUCAAGGAGAAUUAACAUACAUGCGUCCUGAUCAUAGUUUUUCAGCUUUUGGUAAAUCUGAUUCUCAUGGAUCAACAUGGUUGACGGCAUUUGUUUUGAAGUCAUUUAAACAAGCACAAGAAUAUAUUUAUGUUGAUACGGCAAUUUUAACACAUGCUAUUAAUUUCCUUAACUCUCAACAACAACCUGAUACUGGAGCUUUUAUUGAAAGAGGUGAAAUUCAUCAUAAAGAUAUGCAAGGUGGUGCCCAAAAUGGUGGUGUAGCUUUGACGGCAUAUGUUACAAUAGCAUUACUUGAAAAUGGUGUUAAAAAUGAAAAAGCAAUUAAAUAUUUAGAAAAUAAUUUAUCAUCUCUUAUUUCUAAUAAUGGUACAGAGGAUACUGAUACAACAUAUGCCUUGGCUGUCACAACGUAUGCCUUACAUUUAGCUGGAUCAGGAAAAAGUAAUAUUGGUUUAAAAGAAUUAGAAAAUAGGAAGAUUACAUCUAGUGAUGGUAAUACAUAUUGGAGUACCACAUCAAAAAAAGGAAAUACUGAUAAAAGUCAGGAUAAAGAUACUUCAUUAUAUUUUUAUCAACCAAAACCAGCUGAUGUUGAGAUGACAGCUUAUGUAUUAUUAUCAUAUAACAAAAUUGAUGAUACUCAUUCUGCCUCACCAAUAGUUAGAUGGUUAACUUCUCAAAGAAAUAGUUUAGGUGGAUUUUCUUCAACACAAGAUACAGUAAUAGCUUUACAGGCACUUGGUGGGUAUGCUGAACGUGUCUAUUCAAGUGAAAUAAAUGCUGAAGUUAAAGUUGAAUUGGCAAAUAAUGAAGAACAUACUUUUACUAUUAAUAAUGAUAAUAGUUUAGUUUUACAAAGUUAUAUAAUUAAUAAUCUUGAUGGACCAAUAACUAUAAAAGGAUCAGGUGAUGGUGUUGUAUUUGUACAAAUUCAAUAUUCUUAUCAUAAAACAACAACAAGAGAUGAAUCUGUCUUUAAUUGUUCAAAGGAUAUUAAAGAAGUUAGAUCCGGUAAUCGAAUUCAAAUGGAUUUAUGUUGCAAUUAUAAUAAAAUAGGAUCUAAAUCAAAUAUGGCUGUUGCUGAAAUAAAUACUUUAAGUGGUUUCAAGUAUGAUAUUGAUGAAACAAAUAAAUUAACAGAUGUUGAUGAUUUACAAAGAGUUGAUCUGGAUAAUGAUGAUACAAAAGUUAAUAUCUAUUUUAAUCCACUUGGUGGUAAUCCUGUAUGCCUUAGUUUAUAUAGUGAUAAAGCUUAUCAAGUUGUUGAUCAAAAACCAGCUCAAAUGGUUUUAUAUGAUUAUUAUAAUCCAGAGGAACAGUUAAAAUCAACAUAUUCAAUAAAACAAUCAAGAACAUUAAGAGAUAUUUGUAAUGAAUGUUGGAGCAAUAUGCCUCAGGAUAAAGUAAAUAAUUCAUCAAGUACCAUAUAUAAUUCAAAUGAUUCAUCAACAUCAGGAGUUUCAAAAAUUCAAGGAGUUACUUUAUCAUUUAUCACAGAUAGAAAAAAUAGAAGAGCUUUUAAGUUUGGUGAAAGCUAA